AUUGAGUGCCGUGAUGGGCGUGCGAUAAGCCAAUCAUAAGAGUUAGUAACAACGGAAACGAGUUUCCCUUAGCCAAUCAUAUCACCAGGAACCUGAAACAGAGUUGAUCCUGCCCAGAGCAGCUUGUUGAUACAGAAGAUGUCACUUGUUCGUAGCAUAAUGCUAAGUGCUACUAGGACAAAAGCAUGGACCGUCGGAAGAGCGUCCUCAGCUCUUCUGUAUGCGUCUGGCGCGCCGGGUAAGGCGCUGGUGCAGCCUUCGCAGAUGUCUCCGCUGCUGUCCGCCUUCCCUGCGCGGUACAGCAGCGCGUCUGCCCAGCAGCAGCCCGCUCCGGCCGCUCCGGCCGCUCAGGAGGACAAAGUGCGACUCAGCGAGUCGUGCGUGAAGCGUUUGGGGCAGAUCAUGGUGAAGGGCGAGUAUCUGCGCAUCUCUAUUGAGGGCGGCGGCUGCUCCGGCUUCCAGUACAAAUUCUCUGUGGACAACACCAGGAACGAGGACGACAGGGUGUUUGAGCAGGAUGGCGUGGGUGUGAUCGUGGACCAGGAGUCUCUGGAGUUUGUGAAGGGCUCGACGGUGGACUUCACGCAGGAGCUGAUUCGCUCGUCCUUCCAGGUGCUGAAGAACCCACAGGCGGAUCAUGGCUGCUCAUGUGGCUCCUCCUUCUCCGUCAAGCUCUGACCUUUCACCCCAAUGCUGCAGGUCAGCGGUGGAGGAGGUCAAAGGUCGUGGCCCCUGGAGUCUUGAGGCGCCAUGUUACAGAUACACAUCAGACCCGUCAUGUUCUCGCCGUGCAGAACCCAGACUGACUCCACCUCUAGUAGAACCCAACAGAACCCACUGACUCCACCUCUAGCAGAACCCAACAGAACCCACUGACUCCACCUCUAGCAGAACUCUGCAUUUUUAGUUCUUUCAUUCUAAUAUAUUCAGCCAGCGCAUUUAGAGAAAGACACGUCACAAAUGAAUAUAAUUAAAAUAAAAUAUAAAUGAACAUAAACCAUCAGUAAUGACAUCAGCACAUUCACUAUGCAUUGUAAAGAAAAUCUAUUAUAGUAAAUUGUAAAGUGUGGCGUGUAAAUCUUUGAGAGUUUGUUGUGAAGCUCGGCCUCUGUCCUUGGUGAUGUCAGGAGACAUGAGGAGUGUAGAUAUGAAAGUGUGUAAAUAAUAAUAAAUAUAUUUAAAGUAUGAAAGUGUGAAAUAUAAA